UCCGUCACAAACAAAUACAUAUGACUAUCUGCCACGGACCUUCAAGGUAGCAAGGUGGUCAGUUAGUGGUGUGUAAAAGUGACGGUAGAUACUUUACAUUUUCUUUCAAAAAUAUUUAUUUUGCAGCUGCAUACCAAAGAACACCUUUUUCAUACUGUGAAACAAUGACAUUGCCUGCUUCUUGAUAAGAAGAUUGGUAACAUUCAAGGACUGUUCAAAAACUGACUCCAAAAUUUGGUUAAGAUGUUCCCCUGGUCGGCUGUGUUUUCUCUGGAGCCGAAGGUGCCUGGACAGCGCACAGCGGAGGAACUGGUCACCAACACCCUGAUGCUGGAGCUGGGGGCCAUGAUGAAGCGCACUGAUCGAAUCCGCCUAGAGAGGGCUACCAAAGAAGGAAGACGCCGCCGCAGCUCCUCUUCCGCUGACUACAGCUGGCUGGCCACGGUCCCGACCCACCAACCCUACGAGCUGACCCCCCAAGACCUGAUAGAGCUGCAGGAACUGUGUGCCAGAGUGCCCCCAGCUCAAUGUGGCCCAGUCAUUGUCAGGUUUCGGAACCUUGUGACGGAGAUCGAGCCGGAGGUUCACGAAGUGGCCCGUCUGUUCCGCACGGUCAUACGGGACUGCGUAGAGGGAGACGAGGAGCACGAGAUGAGGAUGCAGUCAGGUAGCUUCGACAAACAGCGCAGCAAGAGCCUCUCUUUCGUAACCUUCCGAUCCAAGUUCCGACCCGUUCCCUUCAGGGGCGGGGUCCUGGGCGGGUUGCGUGGCAACCUGCAGGAGGAGUCCAGCUGGUACGAGGAAGAGGUGGAUGAGCAGGAGGGAGCAGCAAAUAUGGCAAGAGCAGCCCGGAGGGGUAGGAGCAUGAGUAUGCCUGAUAUAAGCCCCAUGGAGCAGAGCGCUUUGGGCUGAGGGGUGGAAGGAGAACAGGGGAGGAGAUUGGUAGGGGAAUGAGAAUUAAAAGCAAAAGGUCAAAAGUGUCUCAGAUAUUUGAGAUGCCACACCAGGACGGCUCUCACCUCAGUCAAUGGAAAUCUGUUGAAAACAAACAGUUUAGACAUAGGGACACUGUUACAUCAACCUCUCAUGAAUAAGCGCAAGACUAGAAUAGAAGCUCAGCCAGCCAAUGUCAUAAUAUUUCUGAUAUUGUUUUUUUUUUAUUGUGAAUUACAUUUUCUGAACAUGUUAACAAUUGGAGUGCAUGUAAUUUUGCGUAAAAUAAAAUCUGGUUUUCAAACAGGAA